CGCUUGGAGCACCGGGCUGAGGAACCCAAGGCCCCGGGCGCACGCCGAGGGCACUGACGUGCGUGGCUGCCGGUCGGAGGAGCGGGAUUCGCAGCUCACCAUGGCCGAGCUGCUGCGGAGUCUGCAGGAUUCACAGCUCGUGGCGCGCUUCCAGCGCCGCUGCGGGCUCUUCCCGGCGCGGGAGGACAAUCCUCAGGAGAACCGCGCCGCCAGCCCCUUGGAGCGCGCGACGCAGGUCUCUGAGGUCGCGCAUCUCCCCACCAACCCGCAGGCUUAUGUUGAGAGGCACGUUGUGAAGAAUUAUUUCUACUAUUACCUGUUCCGGUUUUCAGCCGCUUUGGGUCAGGAAGUGUUCUACAUCACAUUCCUCCCAUUCACCCACUGGAACAUCGAUCCUUACCUGUCCAGGAGACUGGUCAUGAUAUGGGUGUUAGUGAUGUACAUCGGCCAGGUGGCCAAGGACAUCCUGAAGUGGCCCCGGCCCUCAUCCCCUCCAGUUGUGAAACUUGAAAAGAGAGUGGUUGCAGAAUACGGAAUGCCGUCCACCCACGCCAUGGCGGCCACCGCCAUUUCCUUCACACUCCUCAUCUCUACCAUGGACAGGUACCAGUACCCUUUCGCUUUAGGCCUGGCAAUGGCUGUGGUGUUCUCUACGUUGGUGUGUCUCAGCAGGCUCUACACUGGGAUGCACACAGUCCUGGAUGUGCUGGGUGGCGUUCUCAUCACUGCGCUUCUCAUUGCCCUCACCUACCCUGCCUGGACCCUCAUCGACUCCCUGGAAUCCGCCAGCCCCGUCUUCCCUGUGUGUGUCAUAGUUGUGCCCUUCUUCUUGUGCUACAACUACCCUGUGUCUGACUACUACACCCCAACCAGGGCGGACACCACCACCAUCGUGGCUGCUGGGGCUGGAGUGGCCCUAGGGUUCUGGAUCAAUCACUUCUUCCAGCUCGUGUCCAAGCCCACCCCACCUCUCCCUGUGAUUCAGAGUAUCCCAGCCCUCACCACUGACAUGCUGGUUUUGGGUCUAACCAAGUUUAUGGUGGGACUUGUGUUGAUCCUCUUGGUUCGUCAGCUUGUGCAAAACCUCUCGCUGCAAGUAUUAUUCUCGUGGUUCAAGGUGGUCACUAGGAACAAGGAGGCCAGGCGAAGGCUAGAGAUUGAAGUCCCUUACAAGUUUGUCACCUACACAUCGGUUGGCAUCUGUGCUACAACUUUUGUGCCAAUGUUGCACAGGUUUUUGGGAUUGCUCUGAGUCCUCAAAUAUUUGGGAACUAGUCUGCUAACAUGAGAGGCUAAAUGUGAGACAGCUGUCGGCUGGGGCCAUCUCAAUGCCUCCCGUUUAAGGAAAUCUUAAGUCAUAUUUUUGUUUUGCUAAUGUGUCAUAGAUACUACUGCUGCGGCAACAGCAGUGUGCUUGGUCUGUAAGGACACCAGGCCAAAACCAUUCCUGAGGUCUGUAAGACCACCCCUCCCUUUUAUGUUACAUAGACUUAGGACCCAGCCUUGGGUGACCAGGAAUUGUGGCCUGGCUUGGAAUG